AUGACAGUCCCGACGCGCAAGAUAGGCGAUGCUCAGGGAACCGCCCUCGGCAUUGGUGCGAUGGGACUUUCAAUGGCCUAUGGCGAUACCCCGUCGGAUUCGGAGCGGCUCGACUUCAUUGACGCCGUAUACGCGCGUGGCUGUACCUUCCUUGAUACUUCCGACUUGUACGGAGACAGCGAAGCGCUCUUGGGCAAAUGGUUCGCUCGGUCGGGUCAAUGCAAGAGCAUAUUCCUGGCAACCAAGUUCAGCCUGAAGCCGCUUGUGCGUGGAGAGUCAAAGAUCCCGCGAGCAGAGCCGGAAUACGUUGCCCAGGCGCUUUCGGCCUCCCUCAGAGACUUGGGCGCGGAUUAUGUUGACUUGUACUAUCUACGCCGACCCAGCCCUGAGGUGCCCAUCGAGAAGACUGUUGGCGCCAUGGCUGAGCUUGUGAAACAAGGCAAGAUCAAGUACCUCGGUCUCAGCGAGGGUUGUUCUGAAGAUCUUCGGCGAGCGCACGCUGUACACCCGAUCGCGGCCGUUCAAGUUGAGUACUCGGUGCUCGAACUAAGCAUCAAGACGAUAGGGCUGCUUCAGACGGCGCGCGAUUUAGUAUUGAAAUCGUUUGACGACCUUCCGGAGAAGGAUACACGCCGCAUGAUUCCGCGAUUCGAAGCGGCCAAGUUCCCAAAUAUCGUCGAGUUAGCCUGA